AUGUCGGACCAGCUGGAUGUGGAGAGUGCCAACAAUCUCCUCCAGAAGGUGCAGGAGGGGCUUGUGAAAGUCGGCAACAGUGUGCAGGGAGGAGUGUCAAAGGACGCCUUCUUGCAGGAAAUCUGGUCAAGUGUUCACAGCUGCACGAACGUGAAGAAAUGUCACCUGGUCUGCGAGGCUGCCACGUCCGCGUGCACCUGCGCCGAAGACCUGGCAGCCGCCGAGGCGGAGGAGGAGCAAUCGGCCGAGGCCGACGCUGACGAGCCGGAGGCAGCUGCUGAGGAGGAGGAUGCCAUUGACGACACGCCACCUACGGCGGAUGAUGGUGGAUGCCCUGAGGACUUCCAGGAGACGGCUGGCUUCGUACCUGAGACAGUCGCUUCCGACAUCCCAGAGACCUAUCCGCUGAAAUACAUGAUUUGUGGUCCGAGCCUCUACCCAGAGAAUGCCGACUGCUCCUGCGGUGGCAACUACCAGGGCACAGACUGGCGGAUCAUCCCGCCGAAGAACUGCCCGCAGUGCGAUGGCAAGAAGAUCUGUGGAGCUUGCAAUGGCGCUGGCCUCAAGGCGGCAAAGAAGGCAUGCCCUGCAUGCAGCAAGAAGAAGGGCAAGUGCCCCACAUGCUCGGGCGAGAAGUUUGUGAAGUGCACUGCCAAGGGUUGCGUCAAGGGCAACCUCACGCGACCCCGGAAGUGCGAUCUCUGCGGCGGUAGGGGGCAGAUGAUGGUCUGGGACGGCAAGAUGGCCUUCUUCUUCAACCAGAACCCUUCCUGGACCGAGAAGAUCAAGUUCCGCGGGCUGACUAUCGAGCCGAAGGUCUGGGGGCCCAUCGCGGGCAAGUGCGAGUCGGAUCACGGCUGCUUCUACGGCCUGAAGAGCGCCUUCAAGGGCGAGUAUAAAGCCGAUCCCACCGGUCAGUACCCUCUGGGCAUCAUGGAGGUCGUCGUGGACACACAAAAGAAGUGCGGCAACGGAACCCGUUACGUGAAGUUCCUGGGCAAGCUCAAGAAGUCCGGCACAGACACCUUCAAGUGGUGCAAGGACGGAUCCCUCUAUGGCGAUGACGAGCGCUCAGGCUACUUCAGGGGCGGCUGGAUCGAGCUCUUUCAAACUUGGGCCCCAUGCGAGAUGUGUGGGGACUCGAAAACGCCGGGCUUCGUCGGAACUGAGGAGGUGGACUGCCCAGACUGCGAAGCUGGCAAGAAGCCAUGCCCCAAGUGCAAGAAGCUUCCAGGUAAGUGCCUCAAGUGCAAGGGCAAGGGUGAGAUCCCGACGACACAUGACUGCAAGGCCUGUGACGACGGCAAUUGCCCGGCCUGUGCUGGCGUGGGGAAAACUCCAGAGCAAAAGAUCAAGGUCAAGGCCAUCUGCCCCGUCUGUGGCGACUCCGGGAAAACAGGUGCCAAGCAUGCUCUGGUUCCGAAGUUCGAGCGCCUCUUCGUUACGGUCCCCUGGCAUCCGCCGGCAGAGGAGAAGCAUCGCUUGUAUUUCUCCGAGUCGGCCGUGUUCUUUGGCCUGAAAGCCAGGGAUCCAGAAGCCUACUUGGGGGACCCGGCGGCCUGGCACCUGGCUGCCGGAAAGACGCUGCGAUGUCAGAUCAAGCCUGAGACAGUGGUCGAAUGGAUGGACAUGGGCCGUGGCCGAAAGAUGAAGUUCGAGAGCCUCAAGUACUGGUGCAUCCCUGAACAGGGCAACCAGGCGGAUGGGAAGUAUUUCCACAACCCUGAGCGGAGGAUCUUGAAGCUCUACUUCGGCCCGGAGGACAACCUGGGUGAACCCGUCACCUACUGGCAAGAACUCUUGGACAUCGAGCACAAAGAUGAAGAUCCCGUCGCUGGAGGCAGCCGGGAGCGCGGCUUCAUCCUGAAGCCUGAAGGCAUCUGGGCCUACAGUGAGGCCUUCGCCAAGCAGAUCACGUACAUCGAUGUCACCCCGGACGUCGUGCCCACGCAGGAGAUCAAGCGGCGUGUCUGCGAGAUCCGCAUGAAGUUCGAUGGCGCGAUCUACCUCGGCGCUGGCAACUACAAGGUCAGCGACAUCCCUGUGCAUCCCACGAAGUUCUUCUCUAUUUGGACGGGUUGGUCCGACCGCGGCUAUGGGGCAACCACCUGCCUCCUUUUCGAGGGCUUCGAGUCCGAAGAUUGCACCGGCAAGCCCGUGCAGCUCCAGUUAGUCGGACCUCGCACGAAUCCGAAAGGAGAGUGCAACCAAUACGGUGACCACCGGCUGUGGGACAUGAAGAUCAACUCCUUCCGAAUCUUCCCCAAGGAAGGCUGCGAUGAGAAGACGUUCUGGGGCAAGGACAUGCCUCGCUGGCCAAUCCCUCCGCCGCUGUCCACGCUGCCGGAUCCCUGGAACAUGGAUCAAUACAUCUGGCGCACACUGUAUGGCUGCACGGACAAGAAGAAGGAGUACAUCCGUGAUGAUGGGCAGCAGGACUUCACCUUUGAGACCUGGGAGGAGCGCUGGCGCCGGAUCUGGAAGGAUGAGGCCUGCCACCUCUUCGGCAUGACGGUCGACUACCGCAUGCUCCCGCCCCCGCCGGAGCCGGAGCCUCCGGCGAUGCCCGAUUUCAAUGGAAAGUGGCUGAUCAAGUACAAGGCCUACUUUGGGGUCAAGGAGCACAUCGAGGUCAAGGACAACAAGUUCACGCACAAGGGCAAGAACCUUGUCAUCGACCCUGAGGAGGGGCUCAUCGUCUACCCAGACAAGGUCAAACAGACCGUGCAGAUGGACAACACGAACGAAGACUUUAUUGAGUGGCGCCACUGGGGCCGGCUUGGCAUCAUCACCUGGACUCGCGAGGACUAG